AUGUGGUUAAUAGCUGUCGAGGGAUGGAUUCUAUUCAUCACUGGUGUCCACGAAGAGGCACAGGAAGAGGACAUAUACGACAAGUUUGCAGAGUUCGGCGAAAUCAAGAAUUUGCACUUAAAUCUUGACCGAAGAACCGGAUUCUUGAAGGGAUACGCUUUGGUUGAGUUUGAGAGCUAUAAGUCUGCGAACGCAGCCCUCGAGUCACUGAAUGGGGCCGAUAUAUUGGGACAGACUGUUCACGUGAACUGGGGUUUCGUAAAGGGUCCACAUAUCAGAAAAAGGGGGCGAAGAGAUGAUGACAGACGAAGACAUUAGUAUUGCCAUUCAUUACACUCUUUUCAUAACUUAAUUUUUAAGUAUAUUUCAAUCGAGUUUUUAAAUAAAAAUAAAUUUUCAUUUCUUACAUUACUAUAAAUUGUGAGUCAAUUAAAUAAACGCUAAGACAUCA